AUGAUUGAUUCAAGAUUUCCAAUCCUUAAACCUCCAACACGGGUUCAUUCUCGACCGUCCACCCCCGGAGCUUCAUUUCUUCAUACAGCUUCAUUGAGUUGUCCCACUAGAUAUCCCGCAGAAACAAGAGAAGUUAAUAAAAAUCUCACACCAAAUACUUCAGCUUCAUCGCCACCUUCUCCGGAGAAAAUUCGCAGACUCGGAGAACCAGAGCGUGCAUUGAGAUAUAAAACGUCAUUGACACUUUCACUCCCAGAGGAAGAAACAUUUGGUCAACCUAGUAUCGACUUACCUGGCUUGAACAUAGCCCGUGAUUUCGGAUUUGGAUCGGGUGCUGGAUCAAGGACGUCAAGAAUCGAAGAGAGAAGAUCUGUUGCCUUUGUGGGAGAAACCAGAGAGGAUGGCGAGAAGAUAUUUGAGGGUGUGAAUCUUGAUGCUCAUGAACGACGGAUUGGAGACAGAGGACUUAGACCAGAGCCAAUGAGAGAUGAAGAAGCGGGGGUAACGAAGCAAAGGAGUGUCUCCGAGAUGCUUGAGCGGCGGGAAGACGGCGAGAAAGACGAAUGCAAUAGAUACUUUGGUCGCUUUGGGAAAGUUUUGGGAUACCUUACUGUGAAAUGUUCUUGUCUUUAG